AUAGCCAUUUCACUCAUCUGCUUCAAAAAAACACCCUUCUUUUGGCACCAGACUUCUCUCCUGCCUUCUCCAAUGAGAGCUCCUAUCCUCGGCCUCCCUUCCAUUCUGCUCUCUAAAAGUGCCAAAAAUCUAAAACAAAAAGUACGGUACGACAGGUGCCCUGCAUCGCAUUCCCUUCUCUAGUCCCCUUCAUCGACGUUCUCAACGCACUCGCGCUGCGCUUUACGUCCCUCAACAGGCUGAACCUGUUGGCAGUGUCAAUCUACCAAAACAAGAUAACUGCUGCGCGAGGAGUGCGCCCUCCAAGGCUCCUCAGGCAGCCCCUCUGUACAAACCAAUCGUCUUUUUCCUCCCCCUGAAACACCGUCGCUGCCUCAUCGUCCGCAGCUGUGCCCGAGAGUCGUGAGGGGAGUUCACAUUCGGCGAUCGCGCGCGCUCUGCUUUUUUUCCUAACAACGUUCGUGUCCCGCAGCCCCCCGAUCGUAUUUCGAUUCCGAAGAAUUCGCUGAAAUUUACCUUCUGCCGUUCCUCGGGGCCGGGAGGUCAAAACGUCAACAUGAGGUCGACCAAGGCGGAACUUCAACUCAGCCUCUCGGACGCCCACUGGAUGCCGGACUUGGUCAGGAGCAAGCUCGUGGAACGAAACGCGCGUCUCGUAGCUCAAGAUCGAAUCAUCGUCAAGAGUCAAGUGCACAGGACGCAGGAAGAAAACAGAAAAGCGUGCGUGAAAAAAUUGCAGAUGCUCGUCGACGAGGCAAAUCUGGCCGCGCACGGCAUCGAGAGCACAUCAGAGCGCAAAAGGAUGAAGAUAAGGAAGGCAAAAGAAAGAUCGAGGAGACGGAAUAGGAAUAAAAUGCAGACAGAGAAGACAUGCAUUUCAAUGAACAGCUCGGAAAAGGAAGAUAAAAAUGGUACAGACUGAUUAACCGGAAUAGAGAGUGCAUUGGCAUGCCUCUUUUUUUUUCGACACAAUACUUAGUUAGUAAAAACAUCAUGCUGUCCCUCUGAUGGGCGACAAUUGUCCUGAACCAUGUUAGCGGACAGGACAGCCUUGGUCGCAGCAUCUUCUAAGCUGUCUGCCGUCGAAAUGUUGGCGUUCGAAGUCUUCAAAAUGUCCUGCGCCAACUGAGCAUUCGUACCGGCAAGUCUAACGACAAGGGGAAGUUCGAGAUGCAAGUGACGAGUGGCAUUCAGUAUUCCGUUGGCAAUCAGGUCGCAUCGAACAAUUCCUCCGAAUAUGUUAACCAAAAUGACUUUGACAUUCUGGUCGCUCGUUAGAAUUUUGAACGCCUCAGUCACCGUUUCUUCCGUGACUUGACCUCCUACAUCCAGGAAGUUUGCUGGGCUGCCAUGCUUCAGCUUGAUGAUGUCCAUGGUGGCCAUAGCGAGUCCCGCGCCGUUGACUAUGCAGCCGAUAUUCCCGUCCAUGGCGACGUAGUUCAGGUGGCACGCCUCGGCGGCGGCCUCUCGCGGGUCCAACGGAUUGGCAGCACGCAUGGAAUCCAGCUCAGGAUGACGGAACAGGGCAUUUUCGUCAAAAGAGAUUUUCGCAUCAACGCAGUAUAUGUCUCCGUCGGUGGUGACAGCCAUGGGAUUGAUUUCGACUUGAGUCGCGUCUAGCUCAAUAAACAGUUGGUACAGACGAGCUAAUUGAGUCAUGGCUUGAUCGAACUGGGGACCUGCAGGCAAUUCGAGCGCCGAAACGAGCGAGCGGAGCUGACUAGGCAAUGGACCUGAAUCGAUAUUGAUCGACUCCGUGCACAGCAAAUCAGGCGUUUCUAUGGCGGCUACUUCUAUAUCCACACCGCCACGUGGACUGACAAUGAAUCUCGGCCCUCCAACUUCGCGGUCUAAUACAAUGGAAACAUAAACCUCACGAGAAAUGGGAAUCGAUUCCGCAAUCAUGAGCCUUUUUACCAGGAUGCCGUCGGGCGGAGUCUGAUGUGUUCGGAGCCUGUACCCCAGCAUGCUGGAGGCUACUCUCUCGACGUCCUCAGGACUUGAAACAGACACGCGUCAGCAAAAAAAAAGUGCUGCGACCUCUUAGGAGAGAACAGUACCUUUGGCAAAGAUGUAUUCCUCCACGAAAACCGUUUUCAAAGGACCCGAGUCCUCGACCGCCGGCGAGGAUCUGUGCCUUGACGACCAAUUCCGGUGCCGCUAGGAGAAUAUGUAUGUGGUUAAUACGUGUGUGUUCCAACAAGGGAUUACACGGCAGUUUCAAAUGAUACCCACGCGCCUACCAAUUUCCUUAGCUGCAUCACGCGCCUGUUCUUGAGCAGUAACGACACGAAAUCGCUGAACGUUCAAUCCAUACUGUUGGAGCAGGCGCUUGCUUUGAUACUCUUGAACAUGAAACCUUUGUUUGAACACAGUCGGACCAGCGCAGGAAACCUGUCCUUCAGCCAAUUGGAUUUCCGCAGGUCGGACGAUUCCAAAAGAGAGAACCGUCGACGAGGCCGAGGGAAAAAAAAAGAAGCGUGAGAACCGAUGCAUUUCACAAGGCAGACUCCAAAGAAACUCAUACGCGUUGAAGGGAACUGGCGCACUUUCGAAAACACGGCGUGAAUGUCGAAAGGAACAUGUUUUGAAAGAGGCACCUAAAGGAACACUCUCUGAGCCGAAUGCGAAAGAACGAAGUGCAGUUCGGGUCAUCAUCUUAUAUACAUAUAUAUUCUUUAAAAAAAAAAAUAUCAGAUAUGUGCUUUGCGGCUCGUGGACCAUAUGUGUCAAAUAGAUGACGAAGAAGCAGCAGAAGACGUUGACGAACCCUGUCGGUGAUACCUAGAACCACACUCUUUAGGUGUCUAGGAGUAGGCACAAUGCAACGAGAACAAAUGGCAGUUCGUCUUCUAGUCCAUAAAAGAUUUAUGAUAAUUAUAAUAGACGCGUAAAAGAUACGUUUUUCAUCUAGAGCGAGGUUCUUCUUUGGUCAAGAUCGCAAGUUUGGUUUGUGGCCCUAUAUUAGAAACGUAGCUGUUAUUUCUCAGAAGCCUUUUGGACAGAUAAUAUUUUGCAGAAUCUUGGAGGUGGCAAGGAAAUUUGAUUUUGGUACCAUCUCCUCGCACCAAAUUAAACAGAAUUGUUCCAUUUGACACGGGGUCUCCUUCCUUCGCUACCCACUGGAUUUUUCCGCUAUCAGGCUGUCUGCUCGUAAGUUUUCUCGGUACGUCCCAAAUCUUGUCUAUGUCUAUCAGUCGAUUGGAACCCGAUUCGGCGCCGAAACCUAGAUCAUUCGCCGAAGGUAGGGAGAAUGGGGGCAGAGACCCGCCCUGUUGGUAUCCGUAGCGCACAUCGCUAAACGAGGUCAUAGGUCUUGGACCAGCCACAAUAACUACGUCAUUCGGUUUGGCGAAGGGCGUCGCACCAUGAAACGCUCCGUAGCUGAACGCAGAUGUGAAAGCCUGAGGUUCAGAUUGAGGCGCGUUCCAUGACUCCGGAUCGACGGCAUACCCUUCUUCUAAGAGUUUUUGGAAAUUGGCCCUCCUUGAAUUCGCCCGUCCAAAAACAAAGCCCUUGUUAUCGGGGCCCUGUUCUGCACCAGGAUCGACACGUUCUUUCUUCUUCCCGUUGGACGCGCAUCGCUAAACGCAAAAAAUUGGUCAAACAGAGAAGGAACGGUGUCCUGAUACAAGACAGCAACUCUCUAUACACACAAUAUUUCCCACACUCAAGAACGCGCGCUGCAGCGUGAACCAGCAGACAAGUCGUGGGGGCGCCUCGCCUCACCCGCUUUCUGUCAAUCAGUACGCUCUUGCGCGCGGAAAAAGAUGGAAUCUUUUUUAUUGCUCACACAAAGAGAUAUGCCAGAAAUAAUAGAGGAAUGCAUUCUGGGAAAUGAUUCGUCUAUGACUCUUCGAUGUGGUGGUGUGACCGUCAGCAUUGUAGAACGGCUUAGAGCUUGAUAGCAGAACAAUUCUCAGACAACGCAGGUUUGUUACUUUCAAGAAGCCUUGACUAGAGUGGCGCAAGUUGGCAGCUUGUGUUUGCUUGUACCUGGACUUUCAGAAGCACCUUGAGACAACACAGCGAGUGUGGCUCAAAUUCAUCUUCCGUGCGAGCUGUGGCGUGGCCAGAUCAUUCUCAAAUGUAUUCUAUGCAAUUAGGAUUAUCAAGAGACCGCACUCCUCUUCACCCCGAGCCGCAUAGAAGUGCACCUUCUUGGCCAAUUUGUCUUGCAAAGUCCAUUUAUUACCUGUCAAAGAUGCGGAUCUUCCUCGAUCUGUCCGUCCGACGCAUUUUUGUCUGUACAAAAAGCCUACCUAUACACGGACGCAGGAUUGAGUAGUUCGAACGCUCGCACCGAGUACAAACAAGAGAGCUCGUGAGGGAAAAGCAGGAAUUUAUUUUUUUUGAUAGAAGGCCGUUAAAUGUAGCAAAAUAAUCUCUGGUUGUUUAUUUUUCAAUGUCAAACCCUACGUUAAAAACUGAAAACCUCGUUUCUCAGUGGCUAAAUUGGGAUCCAAAUGCUGAGACACGUCAAGAGAUUCAAGAUCUGUUUGAUAGAGGGGACAAUGCGGAGCUCUCUAAGCGCCUUGAUCGAAGAAUAGAGUUUGGUACAGCAGGCCUUCGAGGCGCAAUGAAGGCCGGGUUUGCCUACAUGAACAAUUUGGUAGUUAUUCAGACAAGUCAGGGUUUGGCCAUGCACUUGCAGGAUCACGUUACCGAUGCAAAGAGUCGAGGGAUUGUGAUAGGCUAUGACUCGCGGCGAAAUUCUGAGGCUUACGCAAAAUGCACGGCGGCUUGUUUUGCCCAUCAAGGGUUUACGGUUUAUUUGUAUUCUGAAGUGGUGGCGACGCCUUUGUUGGCGUACAGUGUCCCCGCAUUAAACGCGGCCGCCGGAGUGGUUAUCACGGCGUCGCACAAUCCCAAAGACGACAAUGGGUACAAGGUAUAUUGGAGCAAUGGCGCGCAGAUUAUCGAGCCGCGUGACAUAGAGAUACGGUCGUACAUUGACAAGGCAUUGGUGCCAUGGAAAUUACCGGCACCAAGUCACGCAGAAGCGUUAGAGGGGCCGUACAAGCACCUGGUGCGCGAUCCCAAAUCGGUUUUGUCGUCUUAUUUUUCUAAAAUUAAAUGUUGGAGUUUUCAUUUGAGCGAGAAUCGCAAGCGUAGUUUGCGUAUUACCUACACUGCUAUGCAUGGAGUGGGUACGCCUUAUGUGGUGAGAGCGUUUGAGGCGUACAACUUGCAGCCAUUCAUUCCGACCGAGCAGCAAGUAAAUCCAGAUUCGGAAUUCCCGACGGUGACGUUUCCGAAUCCAGAGGAGGGGAAGGGAGCGCUGAAGCUGGCGAUUGAGACGGCGGAUGCGCACCAAUCGCCAGUGGUGAUAGCUAACGAUCCGGAUGCGGACCGUCUGGCCGCGGCGGAGAAGCAGCCAAAUGGGUGUUGGAAGAUAUUCACUGGGAAUGAGUUGGGGAUUUUGUUGGCGGACUGGGUAUCUAGGAAUUAUUUGAGGGUGAAUCCGAAUACGGAUCGAUCGAAGUUGGUUGUGGCAAGUUCGACCGUUUCAAGCAAGAUGUUGAAAGCAUUGGCAGAGCGAGAAGGGUUCGAAUACGGAGAGACGUUGACCGGGUUCAAGUGGAUAGGAAAUUUGUUGUAUGAUGCGAAGAAGAACGGAAAGACGCCGUUGUUUGCCUUUGAGGAGUCGAUUGGGUAUAUGGUUGGAGACGUAUGUUGGGACAAGGAUGGAAUUCACGCGGCGGCCGUGUUCGGAGAGAUGGCGAGCUAUUACUAUGAUAAGGGGUCGACAUGUGAGCUAGAGCUGCAGAGAAUGAGAAAGGAAUUGGGAUUUUACAUGACAAAGAACAGCUAUUUCUUUUGCUAUGAACCGAUCUUGAUGGAGAGGAUAUUUAAGAACAUCAGGAAUUCCGGUGAUUAUAUAAAAAAUUGCGGUGGGUUUAAGGUGGCGGGCAUACGCGACUUGACGUUACCGGGGUUCGAUUCGACGAGGGAGGACAAGCUGCCGACGCUGCCGAUGAGUGCGUCAACUCAGAUGAUUACUUUCACGUUUGAGGACGGUGUGGUAACGUUGCGUGGGUCCGGGACUGAGCCCAAGUUGAAGUACUACGUGGAGGUGGUUGGGAAGGACGAGGAGUCAAGCGAGAAGAAGUUGAAGGAGUUGACGGAAGCGAUCAUAAAUGAGCUUCUUAAGCCUGACGAAUAUGGUUUAUUUUGGCCGAAGGAGUGAUGCAGACAUAUCUGAUUUAUUGGUACAAGGUGAUAGGUGAACUUUGUGGAAUGUGCUCGAAUUUGAUGAUGCCCGUGAGCAUUCUGACAUGAUCCAAAUCUAAAUGGAGCAUUGAUUCAUAAUGAAAAUUUAAUAGAAAGGAUUUAGUGGAGAGGUGGCAUUUGAUAGCCCAGGGGAGGUAUAAGGUUGUGAGUUGUUUUUUCUUGAGCAGAUUGAUUCUGAACGGUCCUAGGAGGGCGCUGAGAGCAGCGACGGGAAGGCCAGUAUGGAGGAAUUCGAAGAUUUUGAGUGCGAUUUCUUCGGUUUCCGUGACAUCUAAUUGAGAAAGGAGAUGCCAGAAAUCGUGGACUUCUCUGUAUCGUUGAAGAACAUAGGCGAGUUCGGGGUCGUCGACGAAUCUGGUUAUCGGUCUUUCGUUAGAGGUAAAGUUGUGUUUAAUCAUCCAUUGCGCAUAUUGAUGUCCGAAGGAGGUGGGUGAGAGUGAGAGGAGGUAGUUGAUGGGGAGCGUGUCUUCGUUGAUUCUGGGUUUUUGGUACAAGAUAGAUCGUCCGGUAGGGUUUGAAAGCAUUUUGCGGCGCAUGCAUGUCAAAGCGGGGAGUCCAGUGGUUUCGGCUAGAGUGGCGACCAUGUCGGAGCGGAGUGGGUUGGAGAGGGCGACUAGGCCGGAGCCCACGGCAAGGAGGAGUUUUUGGAGAGGCGUGGUUGGGACGUGCAUGUGAUGGGGGAGGUGCUAUACAAGAGGGUGUAUGUGUGUUUUAUAUAUGAAGGGAAUAUAUAAUAGGAGGGGUUGACGCAUGUGCUAUACACGGAGGCAGAGAGG